AUGUACGCCAACAUUGCCGCUUUCUCGACCUUCCUGGCCCUCGUCGCGGGCCAGCAGGUCGGCAAAGAGACCACCGAGACGCAUCCCAAGAUGUCGUGGCAGAAGUGCUCCGGCGCCGGCUCGUGCUCCACUGUCCAGGGCGAAGUCACCAUCGACUCCAACUGGCGCUGGCUGCACGACAAGGGCGGCUACAGCAACUGCUACACCGGCAACGAAUGGAACACGACCGUCUGCAAGGACGCCAAGAGCUGCGCUUCCAACUGUGCUCUUGAUGGCGCCGACUACAAGGCCACAUACGGUGCCUCGACCAGCGGCAAUGCCCUGACCAUCGGGUUCGUCACCAAGGGCCAGUACGCGACCAACAUUGGCUCGCGCUUCUACCUCAUGGCCAGCGAGACCAAGUACCAGAUGUUCACGCUCCUGGGCAACGAGUUCACGUUCGACGUCGACGUCUCGAAUCUGGGCUGUGGUCUCAACGGCGCUCUGUACUUUGUCUCCAUGGACGAGGAUGGUGGCAUGAGCAAGUACUCUACCAACAAGGCCGGCGCCAAGUACGGCACGGGCUACUGCGACGCCCAAUGCCCUCGUGAUCUCAAGUUCAUCAACGGCGAGGCGAACUCGGCCAGCUGGAAGGCGUCGUCGAACGACGCGAACGCCGGUGUCGGCGGCUAUGGCUCGUGCUGCUCGGAGAUGGACAUCUGGGAGGCCAACUCGAUCGCCACUGCGUACACGCCGCACCCCUGCACGGACGUCGGCCAGACGCGCUGCGAGGGUGACGGCUGUGGAGGCACCUACUCGGCCACGCGCUACGCCGGCACGUGCGACCCCGACGGUUGCGAUUUCAACUCGUACCGCAUGGGCGUCAAGGACUUCUACGGCCCCGGCAUGACGGUCGACACCAAGAGCAAGUUCACGGUCGUGACGCAGUUCAUCAAGGGCUCGGACGGCAACCUCGAGUCGAUCCGCCGCUUCUACGUGCAGAACGGCAAGGUCAUCCCCAACUCGCAGUCGGCCAUUGCUGGCACCACGGGCAACCAGAUCGACACGGCCUUCUGCAAGGCCCAGAAGACGGCCUUUGGCGACGACGACCACUUCAGCGAGAAGGGCGGUCUUGUCCAGUUCACCAAGGCCGUCGGCGCCCCCAUGGUUCUUGUCAUGUCUCUGUGGGACGACCACAACUCCAACAUGCUGUGGCUGGACUCGACCUACCCCACCGACGGCGAUGCCACCGCCCCCGGCAGAGCCCGUGGUUCGUGCGACACCUCGUCCGGUGUUCCCAAGGAUGUGGAGUCCAAGCAGGGCAGCGACCACGUCGUCUACUCCAACAUCAAGUUCGGCCCCAUCAACUCGACCUUUGCCGCCAGCGGUUAA